AUAACAACACUCGGAGCUGGAGCUGAGGCUAUUUGUUGCUGCGCCGCCACCGCCCGAGUCCCUGUCCGCGCUCUUCUCGGGUUCUCAUAGCAGCAGCCGCGCCGCCUUUCAUCUCUGGCUUCGCUUGCUCCUUCUGUUCUUGCUGAACCACUUUCCUACUAGCGCCAUGACCGUCGUCUCCGUCCCGCAGCGGGAGCCGCUUGUCCUGGGCGGCCGCCUUGCGCCCCUGGGCUUUUCCGCCCGCGGUUACUUCGGGGCCCUCCCGGUGGUGCCCUCGGCUCCGCCGCCUUUACCACGGAUUCCGGAUCCCCGGGCACUGCCCCCCACCCUGUUCCUCCCUCACUUCUUAGGGGGAGACGGCCCGUGUCUGACCCCCCAGCCUCGCGCCUCGGCACCUCUGCCCAACUGCAGCCUCGUCCCGGCGGGGGGCACCCCUCGGGCCGCUCCAAAGAAGCGGCGAAAGAAGAAGGUGCGGGCCAGCCCGGCGGGGCAGCUGCCCAACCGCUUCCACCAAUACCAGCAGCACCGGCCGAGCCUGGAGAGCGGGCGGAGCCCAACGGGCCGGAGCGCAGCGCAGGAAGUCCCGGAACAGGCUGCCGCCUCGGCCCCGGGUCCUGUGACCGCAACCGAAACUGAGGAAGCGAUCCUUUUCCCUGAUCCGCUGCCUUCUGUGGUGUCUGGCCAACCCUCGUUUAGAAAAGGGGUUUUAAUAUCAAACAUGGGAAAAUCGGAGAAAAAUACCAUUCCCCACGGGCAACUUGUUCAUGGUAUGCACUUGUGUGAACAACCAAAGAUAAACAGACAGAAAAGCAAAUAUAACUUACCACUAACCAAGAUCACCUCUGCAAAAAGAAAUGAAAAUAACUUUUGGCAGGAUUCUGUUUCAUCUGAUAUAAUUCAGAAGCAGGAAAAAAAGUCUUUUAAAAAUACUGAGAACAUUAAAAAAAAACAUUUGAAGAAAUCAGCAUUUUUAACUGAAGUGAGCCAAAAGGAAAAUUAUGCUGGGGCAAAAUUUAGUGAUCCACCUUCUCCUAGUGUUCUUCCAAAGCCGCCUAGUCACUGGAUGGGAAGCACUGUUGAAAAUUCCAACCAAAAUAGGGAAUUGAUGGCGGUACACUUAAAAACUCUCCUAAAAGUUCAAACUUAGAUCUUGGAUUUCAGUAUGUAUGUAAAACAUAACUUUUCCAAAAUUUCCGGAUUCUUGAAAGAAAACUGGUACAGAAAUGGAAAUUUGCCUUGUUGCAGCCUACAAGUGCAAAAGAUGAGUUUUAAAAAAUUACAAACAGCUUGUAUUAUAUUUUAUAUUUUGUAAAUACUGUAUACCAUGUAUUAUGUGUAUAUUGUUCAUACUUGAGAGGUACUUAUAGUUUUGUUAUGAAAGUGUAUUUUGCCCUACCCAAAUGGUAGGUGUUUUGUAUAUAUACAAUGGAAAAAUUUUAAGUGUGUGCUAAGGCACGUGGAAGACCAAUUUAUUUGCACAAGGUACCAAGAGAUUUUUCAAGAAACAGCUGUCAAAUCUCAAGGUGAAGAUCUAAAUGUGAACAGUUUACUAAUGCACUACUGAAUUUUGAAUCUGUGGCACAAUCAUUGUAAACAUGAGGUUUGUCUAUGUUUCUUCUAAAUUGAUUUCUGCCUUCUUACCUAUAAUUACUGGAAAACUCCUAUUCUCAUGUUUACCAAACUCAAUCUAUGGUUUUUGGUUUAUCCUUAUUCAAAUUUAAAAUACCUCUAAUGUUAAUGCCAACAAAAUUGGUUGUAAUCAAAUUUUUAAAUAAUAAUUUGGCCCCCUCCUCCCCCCUUUUAAACUAGUCUGGACUCUUUGUGUGUGCCUGUUUUUCAUGUUUGAAUGUGUGGCUAGGGAGGUGGAUUUUAACUUUCAUUUUACUGGCUAAAAAUGUCUUUGUCCUGUUACUAAUUGUCCAUCCUCCCUCUGGAAUUUAGAGGGACCAGUAAUUUCACACCAGUACCUCUUAAGGGAGAAAUUACCCAUCUUAGAAAUAGAAAUGGUUGUGGUCAAAAGUAAACCUGAUUAGUUUAUAGCUUAGAAUAUAUUUAAGAACUUUUUCAUAAAGUGCUCUUUGACUUGACCAUACCAUACAUUUUCAGUGAAAAAAAUGACAAUUGGUUUACUGAGUUUACAUUGAUAAUGAAUGGUGGUAGUUGAACCAAGCGUAAUUGAUAAGUGGAGAUUUGGAUUCUAAAGUUUGCUUGAAGAUAAAUAUGGCAGCCUGUGUAUUUUUAAAAUUCAAACUUUGUUCUUUUACUCAGUAUAUAUGUAAGGUCUAUUCCAGAAAGAAACUCUAAAACACAAUUUUCCCUAUGUAAUUUUUAGUUAUAAAAAGCUAAAGCUUAUCUUAAAUAGGAGAAAAGUUUUUUUUGAAUGGGCAGUAUUUAGACAUGAAAGAGGAAAGGGUGUUAAGAGGGUGUAUAUAGGCUAGGCUUCUGUAAGGUAAAGGUGCUGCUAUCCUUACUAGAAAAAAAGUAAAUGGAAGAGUCUUGGGUCUUACCUUCCUGUGCCACUUGGUUCACUUGGUAGGAGAGGAAGACACUUAAUUUUCUAGCUCUACAAAGCUGGAUAGUGAUGUGGGCACCUUACUUAGAAUCACUAUUGAUUUGAGCAGUACAAGGAAUGUGGUAACUUGUGUUAAUAGCUGCCGCAAGAUCAUAAUUAGUAGAUUUGCUGUCUUGUAGAUGCAACUCGUGUAACUCAGCCAGCCAUUAUUUGGCACUGGCUACAUCACAUGCUUUGUUCUCACAUGUAUGUAGAGAAAGCUGUACAUAAUAUUUGUGUGUAUACACAUAUAUAUAGCUUUAAAAUAUGCAGUUAGAGAAGAAAAAUAGAAACCAUUUUUUUCUAACAGAGGUAAGCUUUCAACCUUGUAAAGAGACUUACUAAGGGAAUUGUCAACUGAUAAUGGCUAAAAUUCUCAAAGGUGUAACGUCAGGAAAUAUAAAGUAACAGGUUUUAAUAGUUCAAAGAGGGAACAAAAUUGGUUGAAUUAGACUGUAGAUACUGGCUAGUGAAAAAAGGUAUGAACAAGUAGUUUUGGUGUUACAGUAAAAUACUAUUUAGCAGCCUUAGUCCCUUUAAGCUGCUGUAACAAUACUAGAGACUGGUUAGCUUAUAAACAUUUCUCAUAGUUCUGUAGACUGGGAAAUUCAGUGAAAAAAUUACAAUUUUGUGAUGUCUGGUGAGAGCCUGCUUAAUAGACGGUGUCUCUCUCUCUCUUUUUUUUUUAAAUUUCAUUCAUUCACUUUUGGAGAGGGGAAGGAAAGGACAUUGGUCGCCUCUCACACACCCCCAGCCAGAGUCCUGGCCUGCAAUCCAGGAGUGUGCCCCAACCAGGAAUCUUAACUGGCAACCCUUGGUUUGCAGGACAACGUGCAACCCACUGAGUCACACCGGCCAGGACUAGAUGGUGUCUUCACUGUCCUUGUGUGGCAGAAGCAUGAAGGUGGUUUUGGGAGCUUAUUUUGUAUGGGCACUAAUCCCAUUGGUAAAGGUUCUGCCCUCAUGUCUUAAUGGUUUCCCAAACGCUUCACUUCCUAAUAUCACCAUGAAGUUAUGUUUCAAUGUGAAUUCAGACCAUAGUGCAACUCAGUUAUUCAGUUACUUUUAUUUUUCUCCCACUGGAGUCUUGUAAAACCUUCUCUUCAGUAUUCCUUUAUGUUUGUGUGGUUUUGUGGGUGUAUGAAGCAAACAUUGCCUGUGGUCACCAGCUUCAGGCCUAAAUUUUAGGGGGGCUUGUAAAGAGGUGGAAGGUAUGUGAGUGGAAAAAAACUGUCACAUGAAGUGGCACAGCAAAUAAGUAUGUGCUUAGUAUUUCAUACUGAAGUUGCUUUUAGAUCUGUACACGUUGAUACCAGGGAUAUUAAACUUGGGCCAUUGAUGAAGUGACACUAUAGAAAGAGCUGCUUCUGUGUGCAUGAAUCUUGGUGCUAAGUACCAGCAUCUUCCUUGUAGGCAGAUAAAAGGAAAAGGUAAUGGAAAACGAGACUACACUAUUAAAAGGUUGACAGGAGCCAUUCUUUCAACCCUAAUGGUGGUUUCUAAGAACUUAAAUUUUAAGGUGGUUGAUAAAAAGAUAAGAACAUUAAUCAGGUAAUACACAUUUUAUCAGGACCAGCAUUUAGGUUUUUUAGGCAUAGUACUAUGUAUUCACCUCAUCAAAAUAUUUUAAUAGAAACCUACUAUGCUGUACAAAUGCAGGGCUUGACUGAGCUAAAAGUUAACAAUACAGGUGGGUGGGCAAAAUGAAUAUGAAGUAUAGGCUAUAUUCCCCUUACCCACAACAAAAUGCCUGAAGAGGUAAAAACAAAAGUGAAGUCAUUUUUUCUCCCGGGAGGUAGUGACUAAUUCUGUUAAGGAUUGUCUAGUUGGGAGUCUGACACCUUAGCAAGAUCAUUUUGAGCUGGGCCUUAAAAUAUUCAACAGUAUUUUACAUGCAAAGAAAAGGAAAAGGAUUGUCAGAGGAAAAAGUUUGACCAGACAGUAGGUGAAAAGAUGUGGACUAGAAGCUCAAGAGAAGUGCAAGGAAGAUAAUUAUUGAAAGGUACUGGGGUAAUAACAUGAUGGGUAUGGAAUGUCAUGCUGAAGGGUUUCAACUUUGUAAGUAUGGUUGAGCCAUCAAAGGUUUAUGAGCAAGGGAAUGAGAUCCCUAUUUCAAAAACAACAUACGGGGGUAGGGGGCAAAAAUAGGUUUACAGUUUGAGUAUAUGAACAACUGUAAACCUACUUUUGCCCCACCCUCUAUAAACAGCUUGGAAAGGGCUUGAGACAAAACAAGCACUUGAGGGUAUUUCAGUAGUUUAAAAAAGAGCCUAAAGGACAUCAGAGGGAACAUAGAGGCAUGGACUUUGGGAGAUGUUUGGGAGGUAGAAUUAAACGAGCAGCUGGUAAGCUAAAACUAGCAAUUACAGAACUUUUGGAGGGGGGUCAGAAUUACAGAGGAGGUAAUUUUGAUUUGCAUGUUGAACUUUCUGGUACGUGUAGGAUAUCCCCACUUGGAAAUAACAGCAAGUAGGCAGAAAAUAGGUCAGGCCUAGAGGUAUAGCUUUGUUAAUAGUGCACAGGAGCACUAAUUAGAACAUGAAAAUGGAACUGAAAUAUUUUGUCUUCCUAUAGCCUCUCAUUUUUAUCCUUGUAAGUCUUAACAUAUUUACUAGUAUACUUAUUUUUUCUCCCUCCUAUGGACUCAACAUUACAGUAAAUUACCUGUUGAUUUAGUAAGUAUUCCCUUUGAAACCGUUAUGCGGUGGGUGGUUCUCUGCCUACCUGUAAAAGCCUUUUUAAUGGACAGUUCUAACGUGGGUUCUGAAUUCUGACAGCAGGGGCCCAGCUGGUAAAAAGAAGGAAUAAAGUGUCCUUCUCUUAGUCCAAGAUUUGAAAGCGGGUAAAACUGAUCAUUUAUAAUUUUUUGUACAUGUCUCUUCUGUUGCCCCUCUCAUCAUAUUGCUGAAUACAUUAUCCUUCAGGGUGGAAGGCCCUCCAGCUCCCAUGCCCUCUAUGCAAUUGAUAGAUGCUUCAGGCUGAAGGAAUCAAAUAUUCUUAUACUUGGGUUUGAAAACCAUCAUUAUAUAAUUUUAUAAAUUAUAAUUUUUUGAAAGACAUUGCUGAACUAAACACAUUUUAAAAUCACAGGCCCGUCCUACUGAGCAUCUGAUUCCUGAGCUAACUUCUCCAAGUUGUUUUUUGUACUUCAUUCCUUACUCUCCUGAAUCUAUAAAUCUUUCAAAAACUCCCAAGUACAAUGGGAAAGUUAUGUCUCAGGAAAAAUUAUGUCAGCACAAAUCACGUAAUUAGGGAACGACUUUAAAUCCAAAGGAAAUUUGAGAGUAUAUUUUACAGAACACUAUUUUAAACAUUAAAAAAAAAAACCUUUCAAACAAACUUUCUUGAAAGUUUUAGGUAGGAUUCCCUGAAGGUACGGGGUAGAUGGGAGUUUUUUUUGUCAUUUUAGAGAAAACCCAAUUGUGCCACUUACUUAUAUACUCAUUGGAACCUGCAACCUUGGCGUAUCAGGGUGAUGCUAUAACCAACUGAGGUACCAGGCCAGGGCUCAAAUUUUAAAAUAAAAGGGUAUCAAAGUUUGGAUUGCCCUUUUCCAUCAGUUUUCCAAGGGUCCUAGUCACUGCAUUCAGUCAGCCUCCUUAGCCAUCUAUGUCUAUUAGUUCUUGUAUCUGAUGCUGAGACCAGAUCCUGAAUUUCUAAACCAAGAAAACAGAAUUGUUUAUGAGAUAUUCAACGAAGGUUUUCUGAUCGUUCUUCAGUUAACUGGAAUACCCAUUAUGAACAUUCUAGUUUUCAGAUUUUUACUGUUAUAUUCAAAUAAUUGGGGAAGGAAUUGAUGGGUGUAUAUAUGUGUGAUAAAGUAUAAUUUACAGUUAAUUGCAGGUAGGAGGUAGUGGGUGUAUGUGUUCACUGUAAAAUUAUUUUUGUAGCUAAAGACUUUAAAAGCAAUAGAAUUGGGGGAAAUUAAGACUGCUUUACUAGUUCAUUGCAACAUUAUACACGAGUGCCAAUAAUUCUGUAAGAUUUACACAUAGCAUAUAGCACAAAUAGGUUAAUCUUUUGAGGUUGUAAACUACAAAGUUCCUGAAUGGUUUCUUUGUAUUUAUGCAUUGUGAAAUAAGCAGGUUAGUUUUAACACUUCUAAAACAACAGAACUCUAGUCAUUUACUUAAAUACCAAAGCCAUUGUAAAUGAGCAAUGAAGUUUUAGAGAAAGAAUGACAUACUUAAGCAUUGGCUUAUUUGGAAAAUAUGACAGCAUUUAAUGUUAACAUAAACGUUAAUGCUUGAAGCAGCUUUAAUUACGGGAGGCAGGGGGGAUAAAAGUAGUACGUGGACGCUAUAAAGAUCCUAAAGGAAAUUUGUACUAAAUGCCCAUGGUUUGAGAGGGAAGUUAAAUUACCUAAAGUGGAAUAACUUGAACUUCAAGCAGUGAAAGGAGAGAAAGAGAGAGAGAGAGAGAGAGAGAGAGAAAGAUUCCCAAGCAGUGAAAGGAAAGAGUGAGAGAGAGAGAGAGAGAGAGAGAGAGAGAGAGAGAGAGACUGAUUCCCAAGAGACGGAAGGGUGUUGCUGAAGGGCUGGUUAGCACUGAAGUGAUUAGAGAGUAGAAGAGCAAGGCAGUGUACAAUUCUUAACACUUGAUUGGUGCUUACUCUUCAAAGCCUUUAACGCUGAAUUAAUACCAGUGGAGCUAAUGGGAAGCUAAAAGUAUUUAAAUUAUUCCUUAAGUAUAUAGUUCCACUUUCCAUUAUAGACACUUAUACAAAACUACAAUUUUAUUAUUGGACAGUGUGCUCACCAACACCUCUCAAAAUAUCAGUUAUAUCUGACUACUGGCAGGCAGCUCAGAGCUGUUUCUCAUCCAUCACGUUUUUAAGUGAUGUAUUUUUUUUUAAACCAUUUAGUAGAUCACAUGGUAAGAGUAGGAAUUUAUGCAGUAUAAAACACAAAAAGGAUUAGACUAUAUUGAAAGUUGUAAUGAAUAUCCUAUAAAACUAGAACAUUAGUAUUUCUAAUUAAGUUACAUUUAACUUUUUAAGGUCAAAAUUUUAAGGGUUACUGACAAUGACGAAUGUUAAUGUUUGACCACAUACAUAGUUCAGUCAGUCUUGAAAAUGUUAAGAGUACUUUUUCUCAAGGUGUAGUGUUACCACAAAGCAGAGUGCCUCACAAACGUAAUUGGAAUAGUUCUUAAUAUGCACCCCCCAAAAAAAAUCAGUUAAAGCUUUCUUACUAUUAAAAGAAAUAAGCUAUCACUUGGGUUUGGAAGACUAUUUUAUAUUGAUUUUUGCUGAAAUUAAAAGCAAUUUAACAGCACUGUAAAUCCUAUUAUGAGUAAGGUAAGAAUACUAGAAUGUAGUUUGUUCUUUAGAGAAACAGAUGGUUGAGGCAUAGAAUUCUGGUUUUCUUCAACCUACCUCUCUAAAGCUAUUUCUAAAAAGCAUUAGUACUUAGGCAUUUAGUUCAUAGAAUUAUACUCCUAACCUAGAGAAGUAGUAAUCUUCUGUGUUUCAAUUACAUUUUUUUGAGGAACACUCCUACAUGAGUCAACACACAUUAAGAUCAAAAAGUAAUGAACAUGCAGUCAGUCCAUUUCUAGGACUAACUGUCCAGGCAUUCUCUCAUCUGAAGAGACCGACCUUUUAAGCUUUCUAAAUGCAUUCUGAACCUGAUUUUAAUUUGUAAUCUCUUUUAUAUACGUUUAUACUGUAGCUUAUAAACAGAUAUAGGUUGAAUAUUGUUUUGAAUGUUAACCAAAUGUUAACAUAAUUAAAAAAUGUACUUAAAACCACACUUUUAAAAAAUGGUAAUCCACUGAGUAUUCAUCUACCUCCAGAAAUUAUUUAUUUUUAUAAGUUCAGAGUUGUGGUAUAUUCCUAGAAUAUAAAUUCAAGAAAGAUUGUUUAACUACACAAAAUAGGAUUCAGGGAAAAUACUACCAUCACAGUACUGUUAACUUGAGAACUUGAAUCAGUCUGGAAUAUCUU